CGAUCCGGAGCUGUACUCGGGACGCAGCUCCUGGGAUCGCAUCCGGGAGGUCCGCAGGAGGAGCAUGAACAUGACCCGUGUGGAACAUAUUGAGGCAGAGUGCCAAGACGACUUCAUGCGAAUCAUAGUCCAUUUCAACGGCACUUUCAGCGGGCUCAUCUACUCGGCAGGAUACGCCUACGAUCCGGGAUGCAUCUACAUCAACGGCACGGGAAGGCCGGUGUACGAGUUCCUGAUUCAGCUGAACCGGUGCGGCACGCUGGGCGGCAACAACAAGAGAGACGUGGAGGCCAAGGGGCGGGAUAUCGCCGGCAAAAACUUCAUGUGGAACACGGUGUCAGUGCAGUACAAUGCAAUGAUUGAGGAGGAGUGGGACGAACACUUCAAGGUGACCUGCGAGUACGGCUACGACAUUUGGAAGACGGUCACCUUCCCCUUCCUGGACGUUGAGACCCAGACAGGUAACCCGGUGGUGUUUACUCUGAGCCCACCCGAGUGCUACAUGGAGAUCCGCUACGGCUAUGGCACCACCGGUAACCGGAUCACGGGGCCGGUCCGCGUGGGUGACCCGCUCACGCUGAUCAUCUACAUGCGCAGCCAGUACGAUGGAUUUGACAUCGUGGUCAGCGACUGCUACGCCCAUAACGGAGCCGACAAGAAAAUAUCGCUGGUGGACCACUACGGAUGUCCGGUGGAUGAAAAGCUCAUCAGCCCGUUUCAAGGAACCUUCUCCGAAGACGGCGUGUUUGAGACGCAGGUGUACGCUUACAUGAAGACAUUCCGAUUCACUGGAAGUCCUGCCCUCUACAUCGAAUGUGACGUUCGCAUGUGCCACGGUGCAUGUCCGACGCAGCCGUGCCACUGGCGCCGGGGGAAGCGUCGGUACCACAGCUGGACAUGGCAAGAGAAACCGACGGCCGGCGAGCCCCCAGCGCACGUCAGCGGCUGGACGUCGACAAGCGUGUGCCUCAAGCCGGCCGUGCUGCUGGCCGCCGGCGGCAUCGGCGGCUUCCUGCUACUCGCUUCGGCCGUGGCCUGCUGCGUCUUCUGCCGGCGCCUGCGCAGACAGCGCAAGGAGGAGGACCAGCAGGUGGUGGAGACGUUCCGGCCGCCGCGCAUGGUACGUCCGUCUCGCCUGCCGUAG